AUGGCUGCUGUGAAAAACACUAAGGAACAGGUAAAGGAUUGUGGAACUUUGGAUUUAUCAAAACAACAGUCUGAAAAACUUUUACUAAUUCCAUUUACACUCGAGGAAGCGAACAUCAGAAGAACCAAACAACUGUGGGGUACCAUUUGGUUGUCACAGUGUAAUUGUGACCAAACACUACCUAUUUUUACUCUUCGUGUUGCUGUCAGAAAAAAAGGGACAUCUACUAAAUCUAGAGAUGUCAUUCAGUUGAUUAGAAAAUCGAGUUCAGUGGGUGCAGACCUACAAGAUCAUAUUCUUCCUCCUGUCGGUGAUGUAUCGAAAUUUAUGGGACAUUGCAUGAUUAAUAUUGGUGAUCAGCGCUAUAGUUCUGGACAAGGGGCAGUUGGGUUCGGCACCCGAAGGAGAGCCCUGCAGCCAUGGAUGAUCGCCCUUCUGGUUGUGUUAUCACUGAUAGUGGUGGCAGUGGUCAUCGGUCUUCUGAUUCACUUCUUAGUCCCUGGCCAAAAAAUGGAGUACUAUCAUGGCACCUUUAAAAUGUCACACCUACAAGUCAGUAACAAUUCUGGACAAAACAGCGCAUAUCAAUUUAAAGAUUUAAGGGAGAUGAGUGAAAACAUGGUGGAUGAGAUAUUUAUAGACUCGACCUUGAACAAACACUACAUUGAGAAUCGGGUAGUCAGAUUGACUCCACAAGAAGAUGGUGUGAAAGCAGAUGUCGUUAUGGUAUUCCAGUUCCCCUCUACUGGACGAAGAGCAGUUAGAGAGAAGAAAGUCCACAGCAUCUUAAAACAGAAGAUAAGGAACAUAAGAGCCUUGCAGAUAAAUACCUCAUCAGUUCAAGUUAAUGCAAUGAGCUCAUCAACAGGGAAGCUAACUGUCCAAGCAUGUUGUGGCAAACGUACUGUCCCAUUAAUUGUCAACAGAAUAAUGUCUGGAGACAUUGCAGCCAAGGCUGCUUGGCCUUGGCAAGCUUCCCUUCAGCGUGAUAACAUCCACCAGUGUGGGGCUACCUUAAUUAGUAAUACGUGGGUCGUCACUGCAGCACACUGCUUUAAGAACAAUGCGAAUCCACGCCAAUGGACUGUCAGUUUCGGAACGACAAUCAACCCUCCCUUGAUGAAAAGAAGUGUCAGAAGGAUUAUUGUCCACGAGCGCUACCGCUCCCCGGCAAGAGAGUACGACAUUGCCGUGGCGCAGUUCUCCCCCAGAGUCGCCUUUUCAGACGACAUUCGCCGCGUUUGUUUGCCGGAAGCUUCCGCGUCCUUCCGACCGAAUUCGACGGUCUACAUCACGGGAUUCGGAGCGCUUUUCUACGGCGGGGAAUCCCAAAAUGAUCUUCGAGAAGCCAGACUGAAAAUUAUAAGCAAUGAUGUGUGCAAGCAACCACAGGUGUAUGGCAAUGAUAUAAAAUUUGGGAUGUUUUGUGCCGGAUAUCUGGAAGGAAUUUAUGAUGCCUGCAGGGGCGAUUCUGGAGGACCUUUAGUGGCAAAGGAUAAUAAAGAUACCUGGUACCUCAUUGGAAUUGUGAGCUGGGGUGAUAACUGUGGUCAAAAGAACAAACCUGGAGUCUACACAGAAGUGGCUUAUUAUCGACACUGGAUUGCUUCCAAAACGGGCCUUUGA